GUAUGACUAAGGUAACUUGGAAGUAGAAAAUCAGCGGGAACAGGCUGUAGGUGGAUAUUUUGUAAACAACAAAUUCAAUCCACAAUCAUCUUUUGUCAUGGCAGAUUCAAAGGAGGAGCAUGAUGAAGUGGAAAAUCCAGAAAUUCACUUUGAACCACUGGUACAGCUGGAUAAAGUAGAUAUCAAGUCUAUGGAAGAGGAUGAAGAUGAAGUAUUUAAAAUUCGAGCCAAACUGUUCCGGUUUGAUAAUACAGUGGAACCUGCAGAGUGGAAAGAACGAGGAACGGGAGAUGUCAAGUUACUCAAACAUAAGCAAACUGGUCUUAUACGAAUAUUAAUGAGGCGAGACAAAACUUUGAAAAUCUGUGCCAAUCAUUAUUUGUCGCCACACAUGCAGUUGAAGCCCAACUGUGGGAGUGACAGAGCAUGGGUCUGGAGCACGCCAUGCGACUAUUCAGACGAGGAGCCAAGACCAGAAUUACUAGCCAUAAGACUAGCGAAUGCUGAAAAUGCUCAGAAGUUUAAAGCCAGUUUUGAGGAAAGUCAAGCUAUAAAUGAAAAAUUAGGGAAAUCAACUGACGCUGCACCCGAGAGUGACCAGAAAAAAUCAAGUCCCAGUGCCAAGCCUGAAAGUAAAGACAGUGAGACUGAUACAGUGGCUGAAAAACUUGGAGAAUUGAGUGUGAAAACGGACAAAACAUCAGAGGAUAAUACAAAACCGGAGUGUGAUCAAAGUGAAACAUGUAGUAACAGUGCGGACAAGCCAACAGAAACUGUGACUAAUGAAAAUACUGAAACAAAGACAGAAUCCUAGCCGUACAGGAAUUCAACUUGACAAAAGCUUCUGCUUUUGAAUUUCGUCUGAGCUUCUCGUGAUGUGAAGAGUUGGCAUCUUGAAAGUUUUGGCAUAAGAGGGUGCUCAUGAUUAACGCGCAUCUUCUGUUUCCUGAAACAUCAUUUGGCAAAGGAAAUGACCUGGCGGAGGAAGAAUGUCCAGUAAACUCAAUUUCUACAUGUAUAAUUAAAUUAAAUGUUUCAAGUUUUCUUAACAUUAAUUUAUUAUAGUGCCAUGAGUGUUUCUGUAUUGUCAAUGCAUCAGAAUCGUGUCUGUUACACAAAUAUGCCGGAGUGACGUUAAGAAUUGAACCAAAUGCUAUAACAGUCCUUUCCAGGUUUUACAUGAAUACCUCAAAUUUGAAGCACUUUUCUAGUCUGCAAUUUUUAUAUUUAGAUAAACCACAAUCCUUUAGAUAUCGACUGGAUAUGUUGUAAUGUAAUUUGUAACCUUCAGAUAAUGCAAUCAUUAUUUGAUGCAAUCUUUAAAGUGUUUUCAUCAGUGAUUGUAACUAGUGUCCUUUUACUGCACUCAAAAAUUCAAAAAAAAUGUCAGGAAUCCAAAUGCUUCAUGUGUACCUGGCAAAUGGAAAAAGUAUAAAGUUGUGAGACUGGGAUUGAUAAUUGAGAAUGAAAGCUUUUUUGGCAUGUGAUUGCAUGGAUCAUGUGAAUGUUUAAGAUCAGAGGAAAGACUUCCGUAGCCUAUGAUGGCACCGGUCAUGUGAAAUGAUGAGAGCAGAAAUACUGAGGGAAUUCUCAAUUAUUUGAGUUAUCCACUUUUUAAUGAAGUCUUUCAAGCCAUUGUUGAAUCAUUAUAAAAAAAAUGUGCAUAGCUAAUUUUAAGAUGCUGUGUUUUCUGUUGUCAAAAGUUCAUUUCUAUUAUAACAUAUUUGCCAUGACAAGGGAGCUUGCUUUUAUUGGAAAUGUAAAUGCUGAUUUCCAUCCUUCCUCCCCAUUCUACUUUUUUCAAGAUGUCAACCAUUUGGUUCUCUUAGUAAGAUGAUGUCUACCGCCAAAAUGGCUCUAUAAUUGGUACAGACUAGCGUUGGGAAUCACUUGUAAAUUCAUACUUCAUCAUCCCUUCCAACAAGUGACUGAUGAUCGACUAAUGAUCGAUUAAAUUAAACUUAAAUUCAGUGAUUUAAGGUUAUAUUCCCUUCCAAAUCUACAUUCACUUUAGUUUCUGGGGAAGCCCGACGUUGGAGAAUUUCGCUUAUAAUGCACAACAUUCAUACAAAAACAAUACGUUUGUUGACGGAACAUUAUGAUUAUUGAAAAAUUUGCAUUUGGAAAUGAAAUUUCUGAUUGGUUGUUGGGUGGAGCAGCUAGCCAAUUGGCGUCGUCGUUGUGUGGGACUUAAGGUCAAGUUGUUUUGCCGAAGAACGAACAACUUGCUGUCGGUGGUAAUUAACUAUCUGAGUUUAUUUUUUGUUGAUACUGAAAUUAGUGUAACCAUUAUCGAUUGUUGAAAACAAGGAUCAAUUAAUCGAUUUUCAGAAACUCGCAACCAGACGUCGACUAAAUCGAUUAAUCGGAACAACACUAGUACAGACGAAUGAAAACAAAGCUACAAUGAAACAUAUGCUUGCUCAGUGAACAGCACUCUUUCAAAAUGCUUGAUAUAUAUAUAACCUCUUAAUUAUGGGGAAUUUAACUUGAUAGAUGACCUUCAUGCCUCUACUUUAAUGAGAAAAUUAUCAAAACACCAGUGUUGUUUAGAGGGAAAAUUUAUGGAAAUAUAAGUGCCCCUCUGAUAAUUUACCAAUGUCCUGCUCCCUUGUUGGGUUAAUAAUUGAGAUAUGUAUGGUUUUGGUGAUGUCGAUGUAAUUUUCAUAUUGUGUGCAGCAUUAAAAAAAGACUUGCUAUUGUAAACAACUCGUUUUUGUUGACCUAUUAAACAGUUGAUGUGGCUUCUGCUGCUGAUUAUUGUAAAAACAGGUGUUGCUAGUUGGUUCUUGCCUCAUUUAACGGGGCCAUGUAAUAUUUUGCAAUUUUUUAUUUGGUGUAAAUGUUUAACUCCAAAAGGUUGAUUAAAGGCAGCUAUUUGCACAAAAUAAAUCCAGCGUAUUUUGAAGCCAGAUAAGUAAGAUACGGUGUCGUUGUAAGCAUAACAAGAAUUUGAAGCCAAAUUGAUAACAAUCUGUAAUUAUUUACACAAUAUAGGAAUGUGUUUGAAGCCAAAUAGUUAAAUUUUAUACCAUUUAAUGUGGUGUAAUUAACUGCAUGUUGGCAGGCCUGGUGUAUUGGAAGAGGAUGGGAUGGGAAACUUUGGCUAUAUUGGUUGUUUUAAAACGUGUUUGUUGUGGACACAUGAUUUCAUUACAAGGAAUAUUCUACAAAGUUUAAAAUGGAAGCUACAAGUGUUUCUGUUUGAAAAAAAAGACUUGUUUAGGUAAACAUUUUGAUAAAUAGUAACCCGGUGUGUUAAAAGUAGAUUGUUAUAUUGAUUUUCUGUAUUAAAGCACUAUUCUCAUCAUUGAGAGUGAUAAGUGAAUAUUUCUUAAAUAUGGCCAAUCUUAAAAAAGUGUGAUUGAUGCAGGGACACUUGAUUUAAGGAGGCUUAUAGCAAAGACUUCAAGGUAUUUGGAGCUUCUGACUGAAAUAUUUCUGUCAUUAUGUUGGAUUAUAUAAACUGAACAAAUACAAGGAUCAUAAUUUUCUUUGAAGGACAUAUUUUUUGUUGCUGUAAGUUUAGGAUAGUUUGUCAAAAAAGGGCAUUUAGCCAUACUGUGGUACAUAAUUUCCCACAUGUGUAUGUAUAAAUAUUACUUUCAGUUUCUUGCUGUCGGAAAUCUAUUGCAUUUUUCCACACGAUAUUAUCAACAGAAAAUACAAGCUUAAUGUCAACUGUUUUCCACAAAUAUUCAAAUGAAUGAAAACAAUAUUAUGGAUAAUGAUUCCUUUCUUUUUUGUUUUUGAGUGUGUUUUAUAUUACAAUCAUUUGGUGUGAAUACAAUAAAUUGUAAUAUAUAUGCAAUGUAGUCAUUGACGUCUUUGGUUUUUAAUACUCAAGUGUCAUACACUCGGAUGUAGCCCAAUAGAGAUUGUAUACCUAAAUUCGUCCUUUUUUUUAAUACAAAAACAUGUACUGUCCUGUAGGCUUCAAUAACUAUACAAGAGUUGCUUACUUCGCAACCUGAAACACUAGUAUGCUGUAUAUGGCACUGUUGUAUUGAUUGUAUUUUUGUCCCUUUCUUCAGACUUCAUGUUUAAUAUAUCUUCAACAGAAAUUGAUGUUCUUGCAUUCAUUAUACAAUAUAUGUCACAAUUAUUUGGUUUAUAUAGACGUCGUUUAUCAGUCCAGAUUGUUGUCCUGGUGUCACGUCUUCAUGUUAACAUGUUCACUAUGAUGUCAUUGUACCUAUACCAGGCAAGUCCAAGAGUAAUAUUUCUAAAGGGAGGUAAUAGCCCCCACUGGUUCUACAACAGGGUAAUUAAGGUUUGCCCUUCACCAGUCUGCAUCACUUUGUCGGAGGUAUAUCCUUUACUACGACACAUAUACCAGGUAAUUGCCAAAUGUUGUUGGAUAGUACCCAUUGGGAUGGAGCAGUGUUUGCAUAUGUAUACUGUUGGGGUGUUGUGCCCCACUAUAUACAGAGAGGUAUGCAUUCCUUUUAAUCAUGUGUCACAUUAUCUGCAUGUAUUAUGCAAAGUUUAAUAUGGUUUCUUCUACAACAUAAUUAAGAAAAGGAUGCUUUAAUUUUUUAAGAUUUUUCGUGAAAAGUGUAAUUUGCACCUUUUUGAUAGGCAAAGGUGAUGUUUUAGCAUUACAAUCGCUGUAAAACACAAAAUAAAAUGGAAACGUAUAUCA